CUCAGUUUUCACAACCGUGUUAACCAAGAAGUAAGGUCAAGUGUAAGAUUCAUUGUAAGGGCAAAUGAAAGUUCCUUUGCCAGGGAUUCAAUCCGAGCUGCAGCUGCAGGCCCAGCCCCUUCAGAGACAACUUGGGAUUCUUAACAGCGGGAACUCCCUUAAGCAAGACUUUUCAGCCACAAGUAUAUGCAGGAAGCUAUCCAGUUAGAUUUUUAUUUUUCUCUCCCAAUCCGCUCUACAAACAAAGAGCAUUUUAAAGUACUGUAAAUCCUUGCAAGUCCUAUAACGUAACUCGCACUGGGGAAAAGAUUCCACGGGAAACAGGAAAACACAACACCCUGUACCUGAGGGUGUGGAGAAGAGCUAACACUUGGGGCGGAGCUUGAGCGAGCCUUGCUGCCUGCAGGUGCUCUGAAACUGCCUGGGGCCUCCCACCCGGGGUUCUCCCACCCCGGGACCGCCCCUUGGCCUCGGGAUAGGAAUUGCGGCGUCCCUUAGGCUGGAUUCUGCUCUCCAGGCGCCAGGCUAAGAAGACCGCGUCCCCUGCCCUGCUUGGACGCUCUUGCCCCCGCGAACUCCAGGUGAACGAAAGGGGCCUUAACUCAGACGGAGGCACGGCCACCCCCGACUCCCACCCCCACGCUCGGAGCGGGCGGCGGAGGGGGCCGAGGAGGAAGGGGCGGGGGCUGCGGCUCCGGCUGCAGGAAGCAGAAGCCGGUCGCGGCGUCGGUGCUGCGCGUUCCGCUGCGAUGAACUCGGCGCUGGACCUCCGCGGGGCAGGUGAAGAACAAAACAUGACGGAAACAGAUGCCUUCCCUAAGAGAGAAAUGUUUGAUCCAGCAGAAAAAUACAAAAUGGACCACAAGAGGAGAGGAGUUGCUUUAAUCUUCAAUCACGAGAGGUUCUUCUGGCACUUAACCCUGCCAGAAAGGCGAGGCACCAGUGCCGACAGAGACAACCUUAAGCGCAGGUUUUCAGAUCUAGGAUUUGAAGUAAAAUGCUUUAAUGAUCUUAGAGCUGAAGAAUUACUGCUCAAAAUCCAUGAGGCAUCAACCGCUAGCCAUGUAGAUGCCGACUGCUUUUUGUGUGUUUUCCUGAGUCACGGCGAAGGCAACCACAUCUACGCAUAUGAUGCCAAAAUUGAAAUUCAGACACUGACUGGCUUGUUCAAAGGAGACAAGUGUCAGAGCCUGGUUGGAAAACCCAAGAUAUUUAUCAUUCAGGCGUGUCGGGGAAACCAGCAUGAUGUGCCAGUCCUGCCUUUGGAUGUCGUGGAUCAUCAGACAGACAAGCUGGAUGCCAACCUAACCCAGGUGGACGCCGCCUCGGUGUACACCCUGCCUGCAGGCGCAGACUUCCUCAUGUGUUACUCCGUGGCAGAAGGUUAUUAUUCUCAUCGGGAAACUGUGAACGGCUCCUGGUACAUUCAGGAUUUGUGCGAGAUGCUGGGAAAAUUCGGCUCCUCCUUAGAGUUCACAGAACUCCUCACACUGGUGAACAGGAAAGUGUCUCAGCGCCGAGUAGACUUCUGCAAAGACCCAGGUGCGAUUGGAAAGAAGCAGGUUCCUUGCUUUGCCUCAAUGCUAACUAAAAAGCUGCAUUUCUCUCCAAAAUCCUAAUAAGGCAUCCUGGUUUAUGUGUCAUUCAAAAUCGGUUUUCUCUUUUUACAUAAAGUAGUAUCACUAGGCUGAAGAAUUAUGGUGUAGGAAGUUAAAACAUUUUAAGCUUUAAUGAGAAUUUUUUAAAAAGUUCAUAUUGGACAUGGUGAAGGGGUUUAAUAGACAUAGAAAAGAAAUCCUCAGGGAGUGCCUAUAAAUAGAAAUUUACAAUCAUUUGUAAUUGCCUUUUGUAGUAAAUUUCAGGGUUACUCAAAAUAUCUUAUUUAACUUGUAUUUUGUGACUUUUUUAUAAAACUGUUUUUAAGGGUUUUUGAAACCUUAAAAAUUACUUGUUUUCCCUUAAUAUUUGAAAUUCAUGUUUUAUUAAAUUUUUCUAAUUCA